GAUGGGAGGCAUGCAGCCCGUGGAAGCCGGUGGGCCACAACAGCAUAAACUGACAGAAAUAAAACACAUGUAUGAUCGAUUGCGCAACAAUCCUAAUCAUGGACGCCGCUUACUAUUUUUCUCAUGACAAAAUUGGGACAGAAACAACCAAAGUCUGCACGUCUCUCUCUCUCUCAUAUUUCUCACCAUCUUGAUGACCAUCUUUUAGCUUAGAUGAAUGAAAUUCAAGAUGCCCAAGUAUGAAUCCUCUGCCUCUGUGAUCGUUGCCACCAUUUUGAAGGCUAUCUAGUCUUGUGCUGAUUCUCCAGAUGCACGAUCCCAUCUUCUUUCAGACUGUUUACAUGCAUGUCUUCAUGAAAUUCUCUUUGAUAACUAUUCAGGCUUUAGAUUGCAGGGUCGUUUCUGAUCUUUCUCUGACUUAUAAUGGUCCCUUCUACAUGCCCAAUUCGAUUCUUCCUCGUAUAAUCAGCCCCUGAUGCCACAACGCUUGUUCUUUCCUUUUUGGUUUAUCGGUUUCACUUGAACGUUGGCGAUCCUUCUUCUUUCGUGAAGAUAAAGAUGAUGGGUGUUGGGGGCUGAGAAAGCUUGAAUAAGAGCUCGAUGGGAACUCCGAAGGAACGACGUGAGGAGAAUACCUUUCUCCUCAAGUUAGGCAUUGCCUUCGCUUUAUCCUUUGCGGGUUAUUUGUUUAGCCAUUUCAGAGUCCGGAUUCAUCUCAAGCCUGCAGGUAAAUCCCAUAUUAAGGGAUCUAGUGGAGGACUUAAAGAUGAACUUCAAGCUCUGGAUUCGUCGGCAACCGCAAUCAGAGAAGAAGCCGAGUCUAUAGAGCGGGUUGAUCCGAUAACUGAACCUUCUCCAAAGAGCUUGGCUAAUGAAGACGGAUUCCUGUUGCCAGAAUUUAAUGAACUAGUGUCUCAAGAAUUUAGUAGUUCAGCAAUUUCCCUGCCCAAAUCUAGGAACUAUAAAGUGGUUUUUCCUGUAAAGAGAACAGAGAAGAAUGACAUAGAUGUGGAGAUGGAGAUAAAGGGACUGAGGAAUCAGGUCUAUGUUCUGCAGGAGAGGGAAAGGAAUCUGGAAAUGCAACUGCUGGAGUAUUAUGAAUUGAAAGAGCAGGAAAGUGUUGUCAGGGAACUUGAGAACCGCCUGAAAAUUAGUUCAAUGGAGUCGCAGCUUUUUGAGCUGAAGAUCCAAUCUCUUCAAGCCGAUAAUCAUAGACUUCAAGAACAGGUUGCCAACUACUCGAGAACAACAGCAGAGCUGGAAUCUGCUAGGACAAAAAUCAAGUUGCUCAAGAAACGGAUGAAGACCGAAAGUGAAGUGGCAAAGAUGCAGCUUUCUCAGCUGCAGGGACGUCUUUCAGCACUACUAGUGAUGGAAAGUGAAGCUUGCAAAGAAAACGAAGAAAUUCAGGAGAAAUUACAGAGGUUGCGGGACUUAGAGAAUGAAGCUUCUGAACUAAGAACGUCAAAUGAGAGGCUGCAAAGAGAAAACUCAGAACUUGCAAUAAAGCUGGACUUCGCAGAAACUGUUGCUUCUACUUCAAACUCAGUUCAUGAGGCUGAGGAUGUGGAGAAAGCUUUGGAAGAAGUUGGCACAUUGAGAGAGACAAACAAGAAAUUAAUGGAGGAGCUGGAAAGGGUUCAGAUGGACAGAUGUGCUGAUGUUGAGGAAUUGGUCUAUCUUAGGUGGAUAAAUGCCUGUCUGCGGUAUGAGCUGAGAAAUUUCCAGGCACCGCCAGGCAAAAGCAUAGCUCGGGACCUCAACAAGAGUUUGAGUCCCAAAUCAGAGGAAAAAGCGAAGCAGCUUGUGCUUGAAUAUGCAGCUUCCAGUAGGGACGACAAGGGUCUUCCUGACUAUGAUUAUGAGUAUUGUUCACAAUCUCAAGCAUCGCUGCUCACAGAUGCUGGGGAAUUUGAUGGUCCAGAAAUAGAGAUUCAGUCUUCUAGGCGUAGUAGUUCAAGCAAGAGGAAGUUCUUCCGUAAGCUAAAGAGCUUUGUAAUGGGAAAAGAAUCUCCUGAAAGGACAACCUCAAUGGACAGGAGCUCUGGUACUUGCAGUAAUUGGGGGAGAAGGAGAUCAGUUUCAAAGAGUUCAGUUGAUGAUCUUAGGGCUUCAUGCUCGAGCUUCUCAUCAUCAAUUACCGUUGAGCACUACUCCCCCGCCUGUUCAUCAGAUGUUGGUUCAAAGUCCUUAAAUGCUGACAGCUUAAUGAUGGAAAGAAUCACGAACGGCAGAGCGCCUACCAGAAUAGUUAGCUCUGCGAGCAUCUCAAGUUCUUCCCCGGAUAUUCGAGGAAGACGGUUAAGUUCGGGUGACAUCAAAGAAUACAGAGUUCCCAAGCAGAAGGAUUUUGCUAAUUCAGGUCCUGCAGGAGGAAUACUAGAUGCUUGCCAUAUUAAAGAGUUCAGCGUAGAAGGUGAUACAGGUGUCCUAAGCUUUCUAGAAGAAGCUGAUCAGCUCUGUGAAAGCCAAGGAACCCCAGAAAAGUUAGAGUUACUGAGGUUUGCAGAGGUUCUGAAAAGGUCACAGAAUAUUCAACUGGAUCAACAGGGGCCUGCUUUUAGUUCUCUCUAGUAUGUACCGGAGAUGUCCAGACUGAUGUUUCAUAUCGAUCUGGUUGUAUUUUUCUGAUAGCAUAGGCUACGCUUUAGCCUGAAUCUACCAUUGUGGAGGACACUGUAUCUAAGGUGCAUAGAAGAGGCAAACCCUCCCCCCACAAUCAGAUGCAUAUCCAAACUGUUAAGUGAGGGUUUUGGAGCUGUUGGGUAGCCGAUCCUGCCUCCUUCCAUUGGCAUCUUGGAAGCUUUCCCGUUUUAAUGAUGCUUGCACAGAACCUGGAUCCUUCACCAAUGUCAUGUUUGAGCACCACCAUAACCUUUCACAGGAGGAACAUGGUCAUGCUACUCUUGUUACAAACAGGAAAUACAGUGUUCCUGAUGAUCUUAUGGUGAUGGUCAUCGCACUGGAACAUUUGGAAUCACUGCGCCAUCAAAUUUUGUAGAUUUUUUUUUGGUAUGGCUGAGGGUGGAUAGUUUUAGAGACCCUGCAGGGGCCAUCUUCUAGUCUAGUUCUUCAGAGUUACUGCUUGCAGUAAGGAGAGGAGCCUUCUCUAGUCUCUCUCGUACCGUGGUGAAUUCUCACUACCCAACAAACUUUCUAGUUGAUUCUUUUAGAUGUUGAGGCUAAUGCCUGCAAGCAUCAAUGUCAAAAGGAGAAUGAAAUAUGUCCAAAUAAUCACAUCAAGCAUAUUAGUCCGUUUCAAUAUCUUAAUUGUCGGCCUUUAAAGGCUAUACUCUGGCUUACCCAGUGUUUUCCUUUCAGGAGAAGGCUGGUUAAGUUUCGUGGACCUUGAAAGGUUCCUAGUCUUCUAGAGAAAAGAUGGAGCAAUUCCUAGGGUGGAAUAUCCCGUGCUUGUGCUGCAAGAAAGUAGAAAGUAUAUUCUUGUAAAUUUAUAUAUACCGUCCUUUUUUUUUGAGCAAUGAAAUUCAAGAAGCUUCCACAAUGAUAGGACUUAUCCUUGAUUA